UCAAAAAAAAAAUUAAAAAGAAAAAAGAAAUACUCCGUGUCGUUGAAUUUACAGCAGCACUCCAAAAAUUCCAGCAAAUCAACCAAAGUUCUUUCCUGUCUUCACGCUCACAGCAUAAAUUAAAAUGUCUAUUGAGAUAGAGUCAGAAGAUGUUAUUCGUCUUAUUUUACAGUUUUUGAAGGAAAAUAAGUACGACGAGACUUUACAUACGCUAGAGCAGGAAACCAAUGUUAAAGUAAACACUUUGGAAAAUAAAGAAGACUUCAUUUCUGAAAUCAAAAAAGGCGAAUGGGAUAAAGUACUUCGACAUGUCGCCGAUUUGAAGUUGCCAGCGGCGAAACUCUUAGAUCUUUAUGAGCAGGUUGUAUUAGAAUUGGCCGAAAUGCGUGAGUUAAGUGCAGCUCGCACUCUAUUACGUCAAACAGAGCCGAUGUACAUCCUAAAACAGCGCCAGCCAGAAAGAUACUUGAAGUUAGAGCAUACACUAUCGCGUUCCGUGUUAGAUCCCAAAGAACAUUAUCCACAGGGAAUGACAAAAGAAAAAAGACGACAAAUAAUAGCGCAGGGAUUAGCUAGUGAAGUAAAUAUUGUCGAGCCUUCUCGGCUCAUGAGUUUGUUGGAAGAUUGCAUUAAAUGGCAACGUCACCAAGGAUUGUUGAAGACAGAAGCAAAUUUUGAUGUAUUCAGUGGGUCAGCCGUUAAUCAACAAAUUGAGGAUGAAGCCUGUGUUAAUGAUAAAUACAAAGAGAUUAAGAUGCCAGGGAAGAAUACUUAUGCAGAAUGUACAAUAUUUUCACCAAACGGACUUCAUUUAGUAUCAGGCUCUGUAGAUGGUUUCAUUGAGGUAUGGAACCCUGUUAAUGGAAAACUGAGGAAGGAUUUAAAAUACCAAGCGGAAGAAAAUUUGAUGGCGAUGGAUCAAGCAGUUAUAUGCUUAUGCUUCAGUACAGACAGUGAAAUUCUGGCUUCGGGAUCAACGGAUGGAAAAAUCGCCAUUUGGAAAAUCCAGUCAGGACUUUGCACAAAGCGUUUCUCACCAGCGCAUAGUCAAGGUGUUACUUGCAUACGUUUUAACAGAGACGCAAGCGAAAUAUUGAGCAGUAGCUAUGACCAUACAAUCAAAAUACAUAAAGUGAAGUCAGGGGAGCUUGUCAAAUUAUUUGAAGGACACACGUCUUUUGUAAAUUCUGUUAUGUAUAGUUCGGAUAAUACAACGAUUAUAAGUGGCAGCAAUGAUGGAACCGUGAAGAUUUGGGAUUAUACUACUGGUGCUUGCUUACAUAGCAUCAAGGCUGCAGAAGGCAUAUUUGUACAACAAGUUCUCACCAUUCCAGGAGAGUUCACUAAAAUUGUGGCUAUUUACUCAAACAAUUCAGCAGCAAUAUUGAGCGAUCAAGGCUUAACACUUAAACUUAUAAAAAACAAAUCAGAAUCAAACUUUGUCAGUGGUGUUGUGUCUCAUCAAGGUUCCUUCCUAUACAUAUUAUCGGAAGAUUCAUUCCUACAUUGCUAUGAUAUUGUCGCUGAGAAAUUUUUAAGCCACAGCAAAGUUUGUGACGACGAGGUUAUCGGUAUCUCAGCCCAUCCGUCCUCCAACGUAAUCGCUAUCAACAAUGACAAACGACGUAUAUUUUUGUAUAAACAUACAUCACUUAACGAUGAACAAAUAUGAGGAGUAAUACCAUUAGCCUUUCGGAACUUACUAUUUGAUCCAGAUUGCAUUUUAUUACCGUUAGUGAAAUGUAAUUCGUAAUAAUUUCUCUCAGUAAAUAAAGAUCACAGUGCAAUAAAAACGUAAGAAUAAACAA